GUUCACAGUGCACCAUGGGAAAAGUGUUGAUUUUAGUAAGCUUGCUAGUGGCAGCUGCCACAGCCGGACGAUUCGAGCGGUCUGCGUUUGACGCUAGAGUACGCCGGGAUGCAUCGAUGCGCUGCUGCAACGAUGGUUUCGACAAGAGCGAAAUUCACGCCAAGUUUGCUGAAAUUCGAGCCGCGUGUGUUGAAGAGCUUAGCCUGCAGGAAAUUUCCCAUGAGGAGCUCGUGAAGAAUCGUGAACAUCUGAACUGCAUCACUGAGUGCAUUGUUAAGAAGGAGGGUAUUGCGGAUGAAAACGGAGAACUUCUACACACCGAUCUUGCCAAGGUGGUAGUGGAGCACAUGAGCACGAUCGAGUGGAAGGUUCCGUUGGCGGAAGGGUUCGUAAAGCAGUGCUUCGACGAGGUCGAGGAAGCACACAGCAGCUUCGUACCCACCGACGAGGCAACAUGUAACCCGGAAGGAUUCGAUUUCGUGUUUUGCCUGUGGCGCCAGUUUACACUGGCGUGUCCGGAAGAGUUCCGAGAUGAUUCCGAGAGGUGCAAUGAACUACGUGAAAAGCUGAUGAAUAAGGACGACGUGACCGAAAUACACAGUGGCGUUGAUUCGGCUGAAUAAUCGCAUACGCCUAAAUGUAGGCAAUGGAGUUACACAUGGGACAUACACUGCAAACAUUGCUAUUAUGGUUUAUGAUGUAAAAAUGACUUGAAUAAAUUCGCAAUG